AUGUUUAAAUUCCUGGCUGCAUUUUAUGUCAACAAUGUGGCUCCAGUAGACUUCAACUGUGAUAAUCCUUUGAUUACGAAUGAAUGGAGACAGAUGGUUUUGGAUUUUCACAACGAAAAUCGAAGAAAAGUCGCUAAAGGAGAGCAGGAGACAAAGGACUUCUUCAAUUGGAAUUAUGGCAAUAUGCCAAGUGCAGCUGAUAUGAACGAACUUGAAUGGGACUGUGACAUGGAACGAGCUGCUAAUCUGUUCAUUUGUAACAAAAUUGACCUACCUGACACCUAUGGAGUAAUCUUUCUAAAUAAAUUUGUGAUCGAUGCUUGUGAUCUGAACUGUACGCAGAUGAGAACAAAGCAAGUUCUCCAGAAUUGGUGGAACCAAGCAAAAAAGGUGGACCUCUCGGUUGACGUUCUUUACGAUGUAAAAACGAUCAAAGAGUUUGGAAUGGUUAGCAACCACUAA